UCCCUGGCUUGGCUCACUUGGUCCUCACGGCCACAACCGCUUUGCUUCCCCAGGCCCUGGCAGCUGCUCCUGUGCAGCUCCUGCGCUGCUGAGGGCACCCACCGACAGUGCUCCCACUUGAGUAACACCACAGCCACGUGGGAGUGCGACAGCUGUGCUGGCCUGGGUACCGCCUCCAGCGCCAACACCGAGCUCGCUGGUCCCAGCACUGCCGGCCAGACGGCUCCGGGGCCAUCCAGCAGCUCCAUGGAGCCUGAGACCGUGAGCUCCACGCCCGCCAGCCAGGCAGCAUUGGGGACAGCAUCACAGAGUUCCCAGCUGCCUGAGCACAGCGACCUGCCCAGUGUGCCUGAGACUGAGCAGGAGACCAAUGGCCCACGAACAUCAGAGGAUCAGGCUACCUCAGAGCAGCUGCGAGGACGCCGUGGGAGCAGACAAACAGCAGCCCCGAGUGCUGAGAGCGACUCCCACACAUCCACCAGGCGGAGGGCAUCAGGGUCCUCCAGGGCGUCUCCGGCAGCUGCUCGCAGGAGACGUCCCAGGCAGCGAGGAAGGAGCCGCACACGAAGCCGCUCCCCGCUGCAAGCUCGGGCCCACGUUCCCAGAGCCGGCCAAGAAGACGCCGUGGCAGCCGGCAAACGCCAGCCCCAGGGGAGCAGAGUGGCACCCGCAGAUCAACAAGGUCUGCCACUUCGAGAUCCCCGAGGGCUUCCAGAGUGCCCGGACGCAGGGGACCGUCCAGGCAGCGACGGCGUACCCGCACCCAAAGCCCCUCCUGCACCAGAGGC